UAUAUAUAAACAAUAAUACAACCCUCCGGAAACCAGUCUCCUUCAAUUCAAUAAUGAUGCCUUCCAUGGCUUCUCUCGAAGGCCAGCCCCUCGUGCAACACCACGACGACGACGUCCAUCAGCAUCUCCGGGAGCUCGACGAUACAACAACCUCCUGGUGCGGCGGAUGCUUUCGGAUUUUCGGAUUCGGACGGUCGCGGGGAAGCUCCGACGGCGGCUGCGGAGGAGAUCAGAGUGAGUCUUGGGUUGGGGAGAAGUUGAAAAAGGUGAAGGAAUUCUCAGAGGUGAUCGCAGGUCCCAAGUGGAAGACAUUCAUAAGGAAGAUAAGUAUGUAUUUCAAUGGCAGGAGACAAAAUCCCAGGUUUCAUUACGAUCAGCAGAGUUAUGAUCUCAACUUCAACAAUAGUGACGAUGAUGAUUUAGACAUGCCUCCUAGUUUCUCUGCUAGGUUCACUGUUCCUCGUCCUCAACCUGAAUCCUACUCCUCAUGAAUAUGUUUCUCCUCUGUGAUUUUGAUGAUCAUGUUCCUCAUUCAUCGUCGUCCCCUCCUUGAUUUGCUGUCUUAUCGCUUUUCUUUCAGAAUACAUUCAUUGUUUGAUGUACAAAGUCUUAAGCUUUUCGCCA